UGUGUCUUGCACAUUCAAAGACUGGUUAAUAGUGGUGGUAACAACAUUGAGACAUGAUGAAAUAAGGAAGGCAGAACAGAGUAUAAAUUAAACCAUGGAAGGUGUUAUGGGAGAAGUAAAAGUAUUAAAUUAUGGAAAAACUGGGUUGUUUUGAAACAAAGAAUACUGAAAUGAUGCGAAGGAGUAUAAUGAAAUAUAAAGUGAGCAGAAGGUGGAAUUUCAAAAGUCAAGAAUGAGAUGAUGUGAUUGAAUGAAUAAAUGUUAAUGUAAUUAACAAGAUAUUAACUCAAAUGUGUGAAGAAUUAUACCAUACAUGCCUUUUUCAACCCCUUAUUGGCUGUGGUACAGUUCUGUUGGAGCUUAAAAUUUCUGAGGUGGAUUAUGGUAAUGUGUCUAGCCACGCCUUGUGCAUGAUCUUGUAUGCUAGUCUGCCCCCUGGGUGUCCACAAAAUAGCAGUUUAGUCCCCAUCCACAUUGUCUGUAUGGAAUGUCAGUUUUAAGCCUGUAUGAGUCCGGGUGGGUUUUGUAAUAAAUCAGGAUUGAAACUUGUUCAAUGGACAUUAAAUAGACCAUCAGUAUAAACUGUAUGAACAUAUUAAAAUUUUUAAGACCAUAAGUUUUAAAUUGGUAAUUUGAAGGUAGUGAGUUGUUUUCCACAUUAAGUGAAUGAAAUAUGCAUUGAUUCUUUAAGUACAAAAAAGAAAUUAAUUUGUGACAAGGUCAAGCUAGAGGUCAUAGCUGAUACCACUGAAGAUUGUGAUAUGUUGCUUGUAAUUACUGUAUUAUUUAUAUUUGUGAUAGCCAAAGCAUAGUAUUUUUUAUUUCUUGCUUCACAGAAAUUGAAUUCUAGCCUGAGGUUCUGUUCAAGUGACUUCAAUUUACUGCGUGGCUAGCAUAGCCCAUCAAUCUGGCUCACAUGGCGACUUAGAUCAAAAUUUACCUACAUUUUUGUUGUUUUCAAAGUAAACUUAUUAUUCUUUAGGCACAUGGUGAUCAUAAACUAAAAAUGAAGGUAAUGAAGUUUGUUAUUGAAAACAAUUCCAAAAACACAGCACCCAAAAGUGACACAAUCAUUAAGAUAUUUCAGUACUUCUUUUGAGAUUCAUGUUGGGUACACUGCCAUGGACAGUUUUUGUAUAUAGAAGUAGGUCUCAGGUCUGUCAGGAAGAGUAUGGUUAAUAAUGUGAUGGUUUGUCAUCUUCCUCAAUAAAAUAUUUUUGUGAAUCUCUGAUAGUAUAAAUAUUGUUGAUGCUGAUAUUAUUGUGAUGAGUGGAUAUGAGCAGCAAUAACUUGUAAUGUCUUCCAUGAUAUCUAGAUUUUAACAUUCACAGAUGUUUAGGAGUAGGCAGUAGACAAUGUACAAUUCAACAAUGAGGCUCUGAAUUCACUAAAUAUAUAAAAUUAAUUAGUUACAUAUUAAGCCUGUAGUAUUAAAAUUAUAUGUACAUCUACUUUUUAAAUUUUUAGCCUUAUUUCUCUUAUUAAAAUGUGUUUCUCUUCCGUGUUGUAUAAGAAGGGCUUAAGUAAAUAAAAAUCUUUUUUUUUUAAAGGUUUGCAUAUGGAGAACUGUAGUGACAGAAUGUGCCUCAGAAAUUUUAGUUAAUUUUUAUGGAAAUAUAGUAUUAAUUAAUGCUGUGCUUUCCAGAAACAUAAUUCCAGUGUUAACUGAAUUUUAUCAGCAGACCUUGAAAAGACAGACUUCUAAGGAUGUGAGACCUUGGUCUCAUAUUAUCUGUAAUCUUUUCUCAUGUCUAAAAAGUGUUGAAAUUGUGAUACUAUGCCCAUGUCUGAAACAGCAGUAAUCUGUCUGAGUAUAACCUCAAAUUAAAAAUGUGAAAUAGAUAACUAAAUCACCAAUUCAGAGAUGUAUAAAAAUCGUAUGUAUUCAAGGUAUUUGUAAGCCUAUAAUUUUAUCUCAGCAUGUGUCAUGUAUCUUCCAUUUGGUCACCUUUCCUCCCACACCUCCUAAAAAUGGCACCUCAUUUACCAUGGUGUUUAUGGCAUCAGAAACACAUAAAUUCUUGGGGGAAAAAAAUUCAGCGGCAUGUGGCACCAUAUCUUCGGACUAUGCCUUAUGGUGAGACGCAAUGUUCAAUUUGCUUUUUCACAAUUUCCCUAUGGUGUCUUUUCGAGCUCUCAAACAAAUAAUAUUUUAUUCUAAAGUUGUUACACAGAACUACGUUUGUCAGCUGUACCAGGCCCAUUUCUAGUAGGCUAUUUCAUAGCCCUUUUCCCUUUCUUAGUGAAAGUUACUGUAAAAUCCAAUGUAUCCUAAGGUCCACUUAAAAAAUUGUUGACCAUCCUGGAGACCAUCACGUGGGUGGGAAAAAUCUUUAAUGCCUACUUCUACUAUUUUCAGGUUAUAUGUUUCAUUCUUUUAUUCUGUCACAAGCUUACAAGCUGUGUAGAAGAACAGGACAAAAUAUAAAUGAAAUGUGUUGACACCUACAGAUACAGAUGAUAAGAUAAGCUAUCUUUUAAAAAAGCACCCUGUUCUUACACAAGGGACAAUCAUAGACGUCCUAUAUAAGGCUGACGAUUUUGAGUGAGAUCCAGAAGCUACUCUACUAGCAGCAACACAACCCAUUUCAUCAAAGGUAUCAUCAUGGAGAAAAUCUGGAGCUGUUUGAUGCUGGUGUUGGCCAGCCUCUGCGCGGUUCACAUGAAGCCCCUAGACGAUGAGAGACACCGAGCACUGAUUAGAAGUGGGUACGUCCACUACCCAGGUGCUGGAUACUACAGACUGGCAAAGAAGCCUGCGAGUUGGGGUGAAGGACGCAGGAAUUGCCAGCAAGAGGGCGCAAUACUCUCAAUCGUCAACUCUCCAUCAGAGGCAGGCAUCCUGAAGGCCUUGUACCUAAGUGAAGGGCUUACCAAGCUGGAGAAAUACGAGAACGACGACAUAUCAGAAAUAUCGCGGGAUUCGAACAGCACAGAAAAUCCUCCUAUCCCAACUUCUGGAACCAUCCACAUUGGUUUCCAUGAUCUGUUCGUCGAGGGAGAAUAUUUAACAGUCCGCGGUGAGCCCAUCAUUGCGACAGGGUUUGUACGCUGGAAACCAGGGUAUCCUGUAUCAGAUGACCUUCACAACUGUGGUGCUUUCGACACCAACCAGUUUAUUUUGGAUAUUCCCUGUGAAUUAGAAUUGCCUUACGUAUGCGAGAUCUCAGAACUGUGAAAGCAAUAGCGAAGUUGAGGAAACUGGGCGCUUGACCCUUGUUAUGAUUACUUAAGUAAACGUAGGUGAUUUGAAUAAUUAACUGAUUAAAUAGAGGCUAUUGUUAUAACUCAAUAUAUAUAUAUAUAUGAUAAUGAUACAACAAUUUAAUAAAUGUGGGAUUCGCAUAACAAUACAUCUAGCCUUCUGGGGUAAUUUAUAGAAUAAUUGUAUGCAAUUAAUAUAACUGAAUUAAUGUAAGCUAAUUGUACACCUACCUUAAUAAAUAUAGCUAUUCGUAU